AUGUCCUUGUCCCCACCUUCAGAAGAUUACUUUGCAAGCCGUGAUGAUCUUAUCCAUCAUGCUAAAACGCAUGCCUUUAGUCAUGGGUAUGCAGUAACCAUCAAAAGAUCAGAGCGAGAUAAGUUCGUUUACUUGCAAUGUGACAGAGGUGGCCAAUACAUUAACAGAUUGAACCUCAAUGAUGAAACACGCCAGAGAGAUACAAGUACGCGAUUGAUAGGCUGCCCUUUUGAGCUUUAUGGAAAAAAAAUGGAAGAUGGUCAAUGGCGUUUAACA